AUGAUAUCUGUUUUAGAUAAUAGCAAAAUAGAUCGAAAUACAGGGGCUCAAUCUUUCGAAGCAUUGGUUAUUGAAGGUUUAUUAUUGAAAGAUUAUUUUAUCAUUACGAAUACUCAUCGGCCUAUUCUAUGCUAUGCUAAAGUUUUGCCAACAAAUGACGAUGAACGAGAAAAAUUAUCAAAAAAGCUGCGCAUUUAUAAUAUUCAAGUAUCUGAUUAUAUUGAAGUGUCUCGAUCAAUUGGCGUACAAAUUCCAUCGCAAUUAAUUACCAUUGGUACUGAACUUCUCAUGAAAUUUCCUUACUCAAACAAUAUCAAACUUCUGCAACAACAACAACAACAAGACAAUCUUAUAAUGCAUCAUUAUCAAACAAUACUAUACCGAGUUUAG